CAACAUUUGUGUCCUUAUUCUUUCUCAGUCCAAUACCAAGAAAAACCUCAAAAAUUCUUUUCUUUGCGUUUCAGUUUCGCAAACCCCAUCAAUUAAUAUUCUAUCGUCGCCAUCUCAAGAUCCGAUCUCUCGCAGUCACAGAAUGCUCAUUUCAAGAACAUCGCUCUUUGCAGUGGUACUCCUCUUCCUAGUUUCUGAUCUGCUUCUCUUUCCCACCAAUGUUGAAGCCCGAUCAUUUCCCAACGAAGUCAAGUACAGAGGUUAUGGAAUAAACGACAAUCUUCUUGAGGUUUCCAUGCAAUUUUCCGAGGCCCCAGAAUACAGAAACGGAUUCCAUUGUCCAGUUUUGGGCAAAAACGGCAUGUCUUUGGUUCGUAACCCUUCAGCUGUUCACAUGGCAAUGACCAUUGAUUCAGAGUACUUGAGGGGCUCCAUAGCUUCAAUCCACUCAGUUCUCAGACACACUUCUUGCCCAGAGAAUCUCUUCUUUCACUUCAUUGCCUCCGAUGCCGAUGCCGAUUCCGAUUCGAUAAGCCUUGCUCGGACUCUUCAAGCCACCUUCCCUUCACUGAGGUUCAAAGUUUACAUCUUCAGGGAAAGUAUAGUCAAAAGUCAAAUAUCGUCUUCAAUCCGCCAAGCUCUCGACAACCCCUUAAACUACGCGAGGAGCUAUUUAGCCAAUUUGCUCGAGCCCUGCGUUGCAAGAGUGAUCUAUCUCGACUCUGAUACCAUAUUGGUCGACGACAUACAGAAGCUAUGGGGUGUAACGCUAAGGGGGUCAAGAGUGAUUGCAGCUCCCGAGUAUUGUCAUGCAGAUUUUGACAAGUACUUCACGGAUGAAUUCUGGUCAGACGGCGAGCUUCGUGGGGUUUUCUCCGAAAAGAUUGAUGAUAAUAAAAAGCCAUGCUAUUUCAACACGGGUGUGAUGGUGAUGGAUUUGGAGAGGUGGAGAGAAGGAGAUUACACGAGAGAGAUAGAGAAAUGGAUGGGAAUUCAGAAGCAGAGGAGGAUUUAUGAGCUGGGUUCUCUGCCUCCUUUCUUGUUGGUGUUUGGUGGAGAUGUUGAGGCAAUUGACCAUCGGUGGAACCAACAUGGGCUUGGUGGUGACAAUGUGUCGAACAGUUGUAGAAGUUUGCAUCCUGGUCCUGUGAGCUUGUUGCAUUGGAGUGGCAAAGGGAAGCCAUGGGUGAGGCUUGACUCCCAAGUGCCUUGCCCAGUUGAUUGGUUGUGGAAGCCUUAUGAUCUUUACAAGCCCCAGUAUCACGAUCUAAAACGACAAUAAGAAGGAUUUUGCUUUUUUCUUUUUCAAUUCUUGAGGUUUUUUUUUUUUUUUUUUUUUUUU